AGAGAAGGGAAAGGAGAUGGAAGAGCAGGACCCAGAAGGACCUGGAACAGGCAAGAUAGCAAGGAAAAGCCCCCAUCCCAUCCAACCUGGAAGUGGUGCUGAAUUCUGGGAAAGAGCUGUGCCAGAGAUCUUGGCUAAGGACACCAUGACCUCAGAUGUGCAUCGCCAACACUUCCAGCAGUUCUGCUACCAUGAGGCCGAUGGGCCCCGAGAGGUUUGCAGCCAGCUCCAUGGGCUUUGCAGCCAGUGGCUGGAGCCGGAGAGACGCACCAAGAAGCAGAUCGUGGACCUGGUGAUCCUGGAGCAGUUCCUGACUCUCCUGCCCCAGGAAAUGCAGGGCUGGGUCAGAGGAUGUGGGCCGGAGACCAGUUCCCAGGCGGUGGCCCUGGCCGAAGGUUUCCUCCUGAGCCAGGCAGAGGAGAAGAGGCAGGCAGGACAGGUGAGGGAGCUUCAUGCCGUCCUUUCAAGCUGUGAUCUUUCACCUUAUACGCAUCCCUCCAGGCACUUCCCCAGGGUUGAUAGAAAACCAGAUCCCUGAUUCUUGCAGCUCGGUUGAUGUAUGCAGGGAUGGGGAAUGGAGCAUGUUUUGCUUCCUUCGUCUUUAGCCUUCCUGCUCUUCCCUGUCUCUUCUCCUACUGUUCCAGAUGUGGGGACCAUCUUUGAAGAUGGAAGUUGAGUUCUCUGAGGAAGGGUCUCCUUUGGAGGAAGAGCAGAAGGCGCAGGCCCUGGAGCGUGCUCAAGAGGCC